UGAUCCAUGUUGGCCCAUUCCCACGAGACGCGGGUUCUGAAUGAAAGCAGGCCGCCUUGGGACCUCCAGUUGCUUUGGACUUCAACUCCCACAGUAAGCGGCUGAGGGAGAAAAGGAAGGGGCCUGAGGCUGUUGGGAAUUGUGGGAGUUGAAGUCCAAAACACCUGGAGGUCCCAAGUUUGCCCAUCCCUUAUCUAAAGAAAGGUAAAGGUUUCCCCUGACGUUAAGUCCAGUCAUGUCUGACUCCGGGGGUUGGUGCUCAUCUCAAUUUCUAAGCCGAAGAGCCGGCGUUGUCCGUAGACACCAAGGUCGUGUGGCCGGCAUGACUGCAUGGAGCGCCGUUACCUUCCCGCCGGACCGGAUUUUUCUCCAGAUAUAAGUCAUGCAAAAAGUAAAACUAGAAGGGCCCUGCUACCUGCAGGUGAAGCAGACAGUUCACUUGAUGAUACGAUAACAUCUUUACUCAUAAAUUCCUCACAGCCAAAUCAAUCUGAGAGAAAGUACAGUAAAAUACAGUUUUUGGAUUCUUCAAAGAAUUUUAAAAACUUGAACCGGCUGGGUGAUGUGUUGGAUUCUCUGUGUGAUUCAAACCAACUUGACAUAGAGCCAGGGCUCAGUGGAAAUAUUCUUGGAAGUAAUGAAACUCAAAAUGGAGGUACAUAUUCAGAAACAGAUAUUACUCUGCCUUCAAGUUUGACUGUGGCUACAUGUGAUUAUGAUAGUGGUGGUGAUGAAGUUAAAAAGAGUGUGGACAUUAAUAAAACAAAAGAAUUAAUUGGGAAAAAACUGAUACCAUCUCACUUCAGUCAAAUUUAUCAUGAAUUAUCUAUCAUAUAUCAGAAGCUGCAGCAAGAAAAACUAACUCAGCAAGAAUUUGCUUUGCAACUCAAAAAACAAGAACGCUUCUUAGUUGAACGAGAAGCCCGACUUUGUAGACAUGAAGCUGCCUUGACCAAAAUAAGAGAUGUAGAAGAGGAAGCUCGCACAAAAUUUCAAAUUAUGAAGGAGCAACACGAAGCUGAAACUCAGCAGUUAUCUGAAGCUCUGAAAGAAAAAACUAAAGAAAACAAAAGGCUUAAAACAUCAUUUGAAACUUUAAAAGAACUGAAUGAUACUUUAAAAAAACAGUUAAGUGAUGUAAGUGAACAGAAUAAGAAGCUAGAAGUCCAAUCUCAAAGAGUACAAGCUCGUUUAGAGAAUUUGCAGAGGAAGCAUGAAUUUUUAUCAAUACAGAAGUCCAAAGGAACUUCCCGCACUGGCUUAGAGCUUAAAACUGUCAAACCAGAAAAAAUGAUAGCACCAUCAAAAUCAUACAAGGUACCUUUUAAUUCACACAUCUAUGACCUUUUAACUGUCUUAAUGGACUGGAUUUCAGAUCAGCACCUCAGCAAAUUGAUAGUAGAGGAAGCGAAAGAAGACACUCACAAAUUAUCAGUCACUUCCAACAAACACUAUACCCAGGAAAAGUGUAUCAAGUGUUUACCUCUGGUUGCCGAACAACUCCAGUGGAUGCCCUUUGUGAAUCCAAACUUGCAUUUUCAUGUAGUUAAAUUUCUUUACUGGACUGUAAGGCAGUUGGAUGGAGGGAUGCAGUAUGCAACAAUGACAUCAACAUUGAGAAGACUGGGUGAAGAGUUAUUUAAAGGUGUUGUUGCUAAGGGAAAUCAAUAUACUUCUGAAAAUGCUGCUGGUACCAAACUAAAGUCAGCAGCUUUCUUCAAAAGCUGCAGUUUACCUUUAAGGAUGGUGUCAACUUUAAUUAUAAUCAAAACAGUGACACAAGCUGAUUACUUAGCUCAAGCCUUUGAUUCACUUUGCAUUGAUCUGAAGACAGAUGAAGGAAAGGCCUUGUUUUUAGACUACGAAGCAGUGCCUAUUAUAUUGAGCCAUAUACGAAUAUCAAGUAAAGGCCUUCUUUCCAAUGCCAUUGAUAGUUUACUUCAAAUGACAACAGAAUCCAGAUUUUUGCGUCGGUUUCUAGAAGCCUGCAGUAACGAGGCUUUUUUCCGUACUUGUUCAGUGCUUCUUCGAAAUCCCAAACUGGAUACGCAGAUACUGGAAAAAUUCAGCAUUCUACUGCAAAAGCUCUCCAAAAUUAAGAGCAAUAAGAAGAUGUUUGAGCUGUUUACUAUUCACCUGAUGAUCCAAGAGCUACAGAGGACAGCACACCCAGAUCAUGCUUUUUUAUGUAUUAACCUCAAUUCGAUUCUCUUUAAUUUGGGUUUGACAAAAAGCCACCAUCUUUCAAAUAGUCAAAACCAGCAGCAAGGUGCAUUGAAUUAAUGUCUGUUUCUUCUAGUUUAUAUAAUAGAUCAUUUGAAACACAAGUAGAGUCUUUUUGAGGAAGCCUUAUUAUUUGUAUUAAACGGACUGUUGAUUGUUUUACCUUUUGUAAACAUUUUUAUAAGCUUUAUGGUAUGGUCUUGGUCCCCCAGUUCUCUAAAUCAAUAUGGAGCACUCUUAUAAUAAAGUAGUCAUUUACCUGGAAAGACAAAGAUGAUUAAAUGUUGUAGAUUGGGAGUCUGGAGCACAGUGUGUGCACACUGAUUAGUCAGUCCUAUUUGCCAAAAUAAUCCUCAGCACUAAAUGAGAGAAUGUUCCAAGAGCUUCAGUAAUAACUCGGAAUCUGUGGUCAGUCUCUUGUUAAGAAAAGACAGUAGUGAUUGACAGAGAAGCCUUGGAAAGAUGGGCUGAGCGCAUCUCAGCCUCCUACCACAAGGGAUUGCUUUCUGAAGGUCUCAGGGAUAUUUUAGCUAUUAUCACUGGCUUCUUUAAUAAUCUCGUCAUUAAAGCUGUACCACUGAGCUCCCAUAAUAGAAAUGCAUUUCAUUUGAUACAAGAACAUUUACAAAGUAUUUGAAUUUCUGUAUAUUUGGCAGGGAAACGCCCCAGUUACUGAAAUCAAAUACUGAAAUAAUUCGGCCCUGAUCUAUGCUAUCUUGCUUCCAUGCUUCAGCAUGGACAAAACUGUGUAGGUGCUGCUGUGGAUUGGUCCUACAGGUUUUUUUUUCUGAUAUUCUAAUUUCUGCUGUACGAGAAGAGCAUAUACACAGUUGUUGAUAAAUUAAUAAUGUAGAUUAUGUGACCUUCAGAUAUUGCUAGAUUUCAUCCCCAGCAUUCUUCCCUGGAAGCUGUAAUGCAGCCAUCACUGAAAAGCCAUGUGAUUUCCACCCUUGAUCUGUUUAUUUAAAAUAUCUGUAAUUUUCCCGUCAACCUUAUUUUAAAACUUUUGCUAUAAAUUAAAAAAAUACAAUUUUAAA